GCCGCCAUGUUGGGGGCGGGCAGGGAAGCCACGCGCCGCCGCCAUCCCGGGCUGCCCUGUGCCCUGGAUCCUGUCCUUGGGCAGUGCUGUGCUCUGUGGGAGGCUGCCUGCCUGACCUUGGAGCAGAGUGAGAGCGGCAGUGACAGAAGGGGCAGCGGUACCAGUUCCCUUGAAGCAGAUCUCUCCAACCUUGUGAUCUGGGCACACACUCAUGGGACCAUAUGCAACCAGAUCCCAGCCCUGGAAUUUAUGCAGAACACAGAUCACGUGAGCAAUGACAACGCUGUGCUGUGGAUGUGCAGAGCUGGACAUGCCUAUCACUGGCACUGUGGGAAGUCACACAACAGAGGUGAAGAAGUGACUGAGGCUGUAGGAAGGAGAAAGAGGCUCCUGUCUUCUGAGUCUUUGGCAAGAGAAUCCAGCUUUGAGGAAAAGAGGCUCAAGCUGACCCCAUCACCUUUUGAGAUGGAUCAAGGAGAUUCUGGGAGCACAGGGCCAUGUAGCAGACCCCAAGGGGUCACUGAGCAGAAGGCUGACAGUGCCUACACAAUGAAUAACGAGCCCAAGGGGAGUCAAAAUAGCAAGAAAACCAAAACAUCAUUCUCUGCAGCAGAGCAGCACUUCUCAAUGUCUGGUAGUAGAGUCCAGACUGGGGAACAGGAUGUGAAGUUCAAAAGUGACAACAACAUACAGAUUAUCAUCUCUGAUGAAGAGCAGUGUGAGGCAGAUAAAGACAACCAAGGAGACAGAAUCAGCCCAGAUAAUGUGUCAGAGCUGUCUGCUGAGGAGUUGCAGAUGCACCACUCCCAGAAGAUGGCAUUGCACCAGCCAACAGCCUCCCAAAAAGCUGCCUUUGCCCCCACAGCAAAGCCACCCCUAGCCCGUGCCUACAUUCUGCAGACUCCUGUCAGCAACUCAGAGGACCUGAGCAGGAACAUCCUGAGGCUGGCUCCUUCCACUGCUGCAGGGCCCACGGCUGAAAAUUCCAGAGCAAAGAGCCUCCCGGGGUCUGCAGCACCAAAGGAAUGUUUCAAACCCCUUCCUGUCCCCAGCACUGAAGCCAAGGCCCAGCUUGAAUCACAGCCCUCAGUGAUAUUCUUUGAGCUCCAGGCCACUGCUGCUGUUCAGCAACGUCUCGAGCUGAGUCCUCCAGCGAGUGGCACACCGGGAACGGGCUCCAGUGAGAACGGUGCUGACAAUGUGGAUGAGGACAGCGAGACAUCAGAAUCCGGGCAGACACCUUGUUCUUCAGCCUUCUGGAGUCCAGAGAGCCAUCCACCUGCAGCCUCAAAUCAAGAGAUGCUGAAGAAGCAGCAGAAAAAGAAAAGCUCUACCACUGGAGACAUAAAAGUGUUUGAAGACUGGCUGAAGUUGCACCACCCCUCCGAGACGCGCAAGAUCCACACGCUGCCUCCUGCAGACCUCGACCACUACCUGGUCUCGUUCUUCAUCUCUGCCAAGAAACAGAAUGGCGUGGAUUUUUCAGCCAAUUCCUUAAGCUUGUUCCGGUGCAACAUCAACCGGUACCUCCAGGCCCACAAUUACCAGUACAACAUGUUGAGAGGGCCAGAGUUCAAGGCCUCUCAGGAAGCCUAUAAAUUAAAGCAUUGGUGCCUGUUUCAAAAGAAGGAGGAAGGGUGGAAUGUUGUGGAGAACCUGACAGAUGAACACAUAGAAAACCUUCUUGAGAAGGGAAUUUUAAGCAAGACAGACCCUCAGGGCUUGCUGCAUCUCAUGUUCACCAACCUCAUUAGGGGGUUUGGGGCAAACACCCACCACAAGGCCCACCAGCUGUACUGGGGACAGGUGGUGCUGGGGAAGACCAAAGGAGAGGUGGAGUACUUGGAGUGGAAGGAUGAUCUGAGUCCCAGGGGAAACGAAGGGAAGCUAAGCCCACAGCUCUUUGCCAAGCCUGAGGAUCCAGAGAGCUGCCCGGUCGCCAGUUACAAGGAGUAUGCCAGGAAGAGGCCACCAGACAUGCUGGAUGACAACCACCCUCUUUACCUGGCUCCCAGGUCACUGUGCUCCGUCUGGGACAAAGUGUGGUACAGCAAGAAGGCACUGUCAAAAGCCAACAUUGAUAAGAUCUUGAAAGUUAUUACCCAGGAAGUCAGAGGAGACAUAAGGAAGACCAAGAAAUAGGGGUGUCCCUUCGGCUUUGCCCCUUCAACCACUCCAAGGCUGCUCUGAAACACAAUCCUACUGCAAUAUUUGGUGUAGGUUGAGAGCAAACAUCCUUCUGCUGGACUUCACCUUGGCACUGAAGGUACCUACAGAUCUGCAGUGCCUUGACUUUCAGGGAAGUUGCUUUGUUGUUGUUUCUGUUACUGGAAUUGAUAAUUCAGUGAGUUAAUGAGAGUCUUCAGUUUCA